CAGUAGUCAGUACCAAUAAAGUAUUGGGAAUUAGUACAAUAUUUGUUAUGUGAGAGGUGAACGUAUCUUCAUGUAUCUUUUAUCUUAUCUCUGUAUUUUUUUGUAAAUAUCAGUACUUAUCAUAGUCAUUGUGCCCAUUACAUUAAUAAUAACAGGAGUUAUUGAGUUAUACCAAUGGAUACCCUCAGGUUCUAUUUUGUAACCUGGAAUGUGGCUACAAAGUCUCCAGGUCAAGAUCUGAACGCAUUAUUGGAUUUUCCAUCAGUUUUCAACAAAAAUAAGCCACUGCCAGAUUUCUAUGUCAUUGGCUUGCAAGAAGUGAAAUCUCAACCUCAAAAUAUGUUAAUGGACAGUCUGUUCACUGACCAAUGGACUUCAAUGUUCAACAAGAUCCUAUGUAGACAGGGCUAUAUAGUUGCUAAAAGUGUCAGAUUACAGGGAAUAAUACUUCUAGUGUAUACACAUAUGAAACAUGUGGUGCAUCUCAGGGAUAUAGAAGCUCAGUAUACAAAGACAGGCUUAGGAGGUUUAUGGGGCAACAAAGGUGCUGUGAGUGUGAGGUUCAAUAUAUACGGUUGUUCUGUGUGUCUGGUGAACUCUCACCUUACGGCUCACGAUCACCUGCUGGCGGAUCGGAUCAACGAUUACAAUACCAUCAUAUCGGACCACCAGUACCAUAUUACGGAGACACACAAUAUACUAUACCACGACUACGUGUUCUGGAUAGGUGAUCUAAAUUUCCGAACCGAUCACCCAGCUGAGAACAGUCCGAGCGCCGAGGAGAUAGUUGCUACCCUGGAAAAAGUCGAAAAGGACAAAUUUAACACACUCCUGCGACAUGACCAGCUUCUGGCGGUGAUGGAAAGCGGGGAAGCUUUCUCGGAAUUCUCGGAAGCAGAUAUCAAAUUCGCGCCGACUUACAAAUUUAUGAUCGGCACGGACGACUACGACAUCAAACGUAAACCCUCGUGGACGGACAGAAUCUUGUUCAAAGUUAUAACUAACACUUACGAGAAUGUAACUCUUCGUGCUGACGUCAUCUCGUACAACUCCCUACCACAGUACACCAUCAGCGAUCAUAAACCAGUGGUUGCACAGUUCAAUAUAAAAACACAACGAAAAAUAUCAGCAAGCGAUGUGAAACCUAAGGUAGGGAAGGCACAGAUCCGAAUGCGUUCAGCCGUUGUAUCAGAUUCAGCGGAAAUGCCCAAUGAGGUUGCAGUAGCCACUUUCGCCCAUCUACCUGAUGAAGAUCAAGAUGAACACCAGCCUGAGGCGUUUUCCAACUACGCAGUCCGUGUCGUUGAAUUCGAACCGAUCUCAAGGAUUUGGUACAUCGGUGACGCUGACUUCAGGACACAGUGCACCCUCACACCAGACGUGGAAGUCAAUCCUAACGACUGGAUAGGGAUAUAUGAUGCGAACUUCCAUAGUCUUGACGACUAUAUAGCGUACGAGUACCUGUCCAAAGUGUGCGUGGCGGGUGCGGCGGGCGCUGAGGGUGCGAGGGGUGCGGAGGGUGCGGAGAGUGCAGAGGGUGCGAGGAGUGCGGGUAGACCUCGCACCUUCACCCUCAGUUUCCCCGUCGGCAGCGGCGUCCGUACACCCGGCUUCUACCGCUUUAUAUACUUCAGCCAGCCAAAUAAUGACGUCAGGAGUGUACUCGGUAUCUCGGAGCCGUUCGAAGUGAGCAGUAAGGAGGAUAGGUUAGUGAAUAUAGAUCCGUGCAUUGAGGCGUCUACAUCGAAACCGUCGACAGCAACUAGUGACGUUUUCACGGAUUUCACCGGUCUGGACGUGGCGAAGCUCUCACGUCACUUCUCAAACGACCUAAGCAUCGACUGACUAAAGUCUUACCUACCCGGCUCACCGGCCAAGAGGAACAAUUAGUGCUGUAAAAGACGAUUUGCUAAACCAUACAAUAAACACACAUCUCCAUAUUCACACUACUUAUGGAGUCAGAACUUUGUCAUCCAAAAUCCGCACUUAAUAUCUAAGUAAGUAAACGGAUGAAUAACUCGAUACUGUCAGUUUGACAAUGCAAACACGUAGUUAGGGUACUUGUUAAAAUUAUACCGAUGUAGGAAAUUCUACUUUAAUUCUAAGUUAGCAAUUUGUAUGCAUUUUUUUUUUACUUAAUUUCCGUCACUAAUUGUGUAAUUUUUGUAAUGAGUAUAUUAAAUUUAUUUUCUUAUAUUUUAUGAAAAUGAAAGUAAAUAAUAACAUUAUUAGUUUCAAACUAAAACAUGAAACAACUAUAAGUAUAGAUAAAUAAUAUAAUAUACUUUAUUUUUUUAUUUAUUUAUAAAUAAUAGUUAAUAAUAUUAUUUAACUCACAAACAUAUGUCGCAAACCAAUAGAUAAGAUUGUAAGGUGUGGCCUAAAUUUAUAUAUAACAUAGAUACAGUAUUAAAAUUGGUACUAUUAUACUUUGACAUUUGUAUGUUAGUUUUUUUUAGUGAAAAUUAAACUAUAUUGUUACACAAAAGGGUACAAUUUUGAAUGUUGCUAUGCCAUUAUAUGGUACUGAGGCUUUGUUGUGGGCAACACUAGCAUAGACAAUAAAUACCACCGUUACUUAAGCUUAGUGAGAUUUGUUGUAAAUUGAUUUUUCGUUGUGAUUAUAUUAGUACAAUUAAUGAACGUUUACUUAUUAUAUUAUAUACUGUAUAUUAAUGUUGCUUAUAUACAUACACUGUGAGUGCAUCGAGCUGUGUUGAACCUUAUAUAUGAAGAAUAUAUUGAACUGUUUGGUGUAGUUUUUGGAACACUUUAUUGAUUAUAAUCAACUAGUAUAGGAAUGUUCUGUGUUUAGUAUAGAAUGUUCUAGAUAUAUAUCAAUAUUAUUAGAUUUACUAUCUCCUCCUAAUAAUCCUUGAUGUAAAUAUCACAAAGUGUUAUAUGUGUCAGUUUCAGCGGAAUUUUUAUAAGCUAUUAUAAUUUAUUUAUAUUUUUUUUAACAUGGUCAAAUUGUUGUUAUGAAUAGUAUAAUUAUAUGUGGGGCAUGUAAAUUGGAUAUGACAAAAAUUUUGCUGUAUAAGGCUAUUAGGAGUUAAUACUGUAAUUAGUAGAUACAGAAAUACACAGAUAAUUAAAAUGACGAGUAAAUAUUGACAAAAUAAAAAAAAAAAUAUUUAGAAUAUUAGGUGUCCAUAUAGUAAUAAUUUAAGCCACUUCAAUAUCUUUCCAGGAAAUAGGUUUAAUAUGUUUUUUGAAAUGAUUUAACAAUAUUACAUAUGGACGUGACUAAAAUUAGAAACAUUUUCAUUGAAAUAUCGCAAAAAAAAAAACAAAUUUGGACAUUUAUAAAAGUUUUUACGAGCAAUUAAUAUUGUUUGUUAGAUGUGUUAGACAAUAUUUGAUAAUACAAUAAUGAGCGCGUUUAAUUUAUUAACAUAUAUACAUAUUUGUAUGUGGUGUUAUCUGGGUUAAUUCCAAAAUUCAUAUAUAUAUAUAUAUAUAUAUAUAUAUAUAUAUAUAUAUAUUUCAAUGAACUUUUGAACUGACUUUAUUUAUUUGUUGAACACAAUAGGAAGUAAUAUCAGAAUAGAGUCAAGUUAAUUGACGUAGAAUAAAAUAGAAACAUUUUCUAUAUAAAUAUAUAUAUUCAAAAUUAACGGACGUAAUUAAAGUGAUAUUUCAAAUUGAAAUCGAUUGUUCGAUAAUUAUCUUUGUUUUAUUUAUCUGUUGAAUAUAUUUUUCAUUGUCCAACCAUCUCGCUGACUGCUGUCAAAUAAACUGUCAAAAUGACGUUAGCGUUUAUUGGUGGUAUGAUCGUUCAAAAAUACGCCACUUGAAUAAACGUUAAUGCAGUUGCAUAAUAUUAAUAGGUACGGUGUCAUAUUUUAAUAUAUAUAUGAUUUGUUUAAAAAAAUAACUUAUUAGAUAUAAAAUGUACUACGCAUUCUGUUAUCACAUGGGAAAUCUAAAUUCCAAUCACAUUACAUAGCACACACCUUAAAUAAUUAGAAGAACAGUCACCCUUUAUCGUAAUUAACUAGUUAAUAUUAAACUAAUAAAUUUAAAAUUAUUUCAUUUUUCAAAUGACUUUAAAAGACCAAUAAAAAUAAAAACAGUCUCAAGCAACCCUACAGAAAACCGUUUCAAUUUGUAUUAUAUUUUUAAAACAAAAACGGAUUUGAACGACAUAGAAGCGAGAAUAUUCAAUAAUUUAAAUAAUUGCAAAUGAAAUAGUUGAUUGGGAAUUCGAUUAUAUAAUUGUGUGUUUAAAUAAUGAAUAUAAUAAUACAUUACCUUGUUAGCAUAAACGUCACAAGCAUUUUGACAACUCAUCGUCCUCUGCAUUUGGUACAAGUUUUCAUUGUCAAUGCGACGGUUUCCCGUUCUCCAUUCAAUAACCUUGGUUAGUACUGUAACUUGAAAAUUUGGAAAACUGGUCACGCCUCGUAUGUAGUGCGAUCGAUAGAUAGACGUAAUAAUCGGAACCAAAUAUUUAUAUUGUGAGGAUAGUAUUGAUGUUUGCUGAAUAUUUUAAUAAUCAUUAUAAUAAAAGCUAACGCAUCCGGCGCGCUUUUCUCUGACUUUUUAUCUAUUAUUUCGGUACUAUUGAUGUACCUUUGCUGUUCUAUGUUUGUACCUAAUUUGGAAACCUGGACUUAUAAAUUUCAAAUUAUAAGUUUGAAACCGCCAACCCAUCUUGAGCAAGCGUGGCGAUUAAUGCUCAAACCUUCUCCAUGAGAGAAGAGGCUUAUGCUCAGCAGUGGGCUUCCGAUAGGCUGAUGAUGAUGAUGAUGAUGUUGAUGAUGACCUAAUUUGUACUGAUGACGUACUUAUCACGUACCAUUGAUGUACUAUUUAUAAAAUGUUGAUAUCUGAUUGUCGUUUUAUCUAAAGCAUUUACAGUUUUGUCUGUUGUUAGGUCGAAAGGUAACGAAUUAAGUUAUUCAGAAACAUAAAAAUUAAUAAAAUGAAUAACAAACUUUAUUUACAUUUGGUUUAAAUAAUCUGAAGAAACUACCGUACUUUAAUUAAGAUCUUAUAAAUUAGUAUAAAUAUGAAGGUAGAUUGGAAUGGUCACGUUUUAUUAAUCACAUAUAGUCUGUUAUAUUCUAUAUACUUACUAUAUACACUGGAAUUCUGUGUUUAAUUUCCUCUAGCUUUUGUUGUUUGGGGGUUGUGGAAAGUCGUGUCACUUUUACUGGAAUGUCAUGUUACUUGCCUGAUCAGUUUAGAAGAUAUAUAUAUAUAUUGCGUUUUUCAUUCAUUCGUUUGUAAAUAUUUUUGAUUUAGAUAAUGUAGCAUACUUUGGUUGUAACUGAAAGUAUCAGUAAGUCUUGAUAUGAGUUUAAUACUUACCGAAAACUGUUUGUCUCAAAGUUAGUUCACCCACAAUUGAUAAUACUUACGUAACGAUCUAAACGAAACCAGAACUAUCACAGUUUCGGUUAAGUAUAAAACACAUAGUAUUGCACAGUUUAACUAUGUUUAUUUAGGAAUGUUUACUAUCGGGGUGGUUUAAGGCCUUUGUAUCUAACCUCAUUGGUGGUUACUACACGUAUCUAUAAAAUACACGUGGCUCUGUUCAAAUAAUCGUCGAGAAAAACUUGAGUUAAAUCGGUUUAAUUAACAGUCCAGUUAACGGAACACCGAUCCGUGUGAUAGCGGUGAUCGAUUGUAUUGUACUGAUAAUUAACUCGGCUGUAUAGCUGUGGACCUGUUAUGCGAUAAAUUUAAUAAAAUAUAUAAGAACUUUUUUAUUAGACUCCUUGAUUGUUAACAUCUCUAUUAGCAUAAAAAAUAAAGACAUAAAUAAAAUGGCUGUUUACAAAAUUGUAUAGUAAAUUUCUUUACUAAUAUUUAUCUGCAUUAUUUUCAUAUAUCGUUAAUGAUAAUAUAAUUAUAAAAAUAACAAUUUUAUAAAUAUAUAAAUCCCAUGUAGUUUCAUUUUAAUGGUUUGCAAAACUUUUGAUUGUUGCGAAACAAAUUGUAUAGAGUAGUCACGUAAUAAUCUAAAAUUGUAUUUGUAUUCAAAUUAUUGUUACACUUUGAAAUGUUUACCUAGAGCUUGCCAUGAAUGACAAAUUUAUUAUUUUUUAAGUUCAUCUAAUUUUAAAUAGCGAUUUACGUAAUAUUAAGAAAAAAUAUGUUGUGUUUACUUAGGUUACGGGUUCGUUCUGUUAUUAAUUUAAACUGGGUAGUCUUUCGAGAUUGUUGUAAUUAGUACAAAAUUGUAUUAGUUUGAAAAUUGUAGUGUAAAAUAAAUGUAUAUAUAUAUGU